AUGUCGGAAGCAAAGGGAGCAUCUUUGCGGCAGCGGCCAGGCAAGAAGCAAAAGGCAAAGAAAGAUGGAGGGAUCGAAAUCACGAGAGUGGAAAAGAAGGGCGCCGAGAACAAGCAAGAAGACAUCCAAAGGCCAGUGAGGCCAUCCAAGAAGCCUCCAUCAUCUUCAUCAUCGUCAACCGCCCGCAUCUACGAAACGCUGGCGGUGGUUUGCUUGCUGCUCGCGCUCUUGGUCGGUGUAGCGGUCUAUCUUCUCCACUACGAACCCCAGAUCGUGAAGCAGCUGGACGAGGGCUUCGUCAAGGCUGCCGCCACUAUUGCACAGCUCUUCCAGCCCAAGAACGGGCCGAACGCGACGUCGAAGCCUGUCGCAAAGAAGGCGAAGGUUGUUUCCAAGAUCUUCUCCGCAGAUGAGCUGCGGCUGCAUAAUGGCAGCGACCCGGCCAAGCCCAUUCUACUCAGUGUUCUUGGCAAGGUCUUUGACGUGACGGACGGGAAGAGAUUCUACGCCAAGGGGGGGUCCUACUCCUUCUUUGCCGGGCGUGACGCCUCGCGUUCCUUCGCCACGGGCGAGUUUGAGGAGGAGAAUCUCACGGACGACGUGACCGACCUCGAACCCGAACAGGUGGCGGCCAUCAAAGAGUGGCAAACCCAAUUCGAACGCCAGUACAAGUACCUGGGCAAAGUCGUUGGGAGAUUUUAUGAUGCGGCCGGCAAGGCUACGCCCGCGCUCAAGAAGGUGAAAGAGAAGCUCCAGAAGGCCAAGAUCGUAGUGGAUCAGGAGCUCGAGGAGAAGCAGCAGUUUCCAGAAUGUAAUUCGAGGUGGACGGAGAAGGACGGCGCCACCGUCUGGUGCACCGAAUCGAGCGGCGGCAUCGAGAGAUCCUGGAAGGGCUAUCCACGCCAGUUCAAGAGCGCUCGCGCGCAGAACCCCAGUCCCGACGCCUUCGAGUGCCAGCGCUGA